AUGUCGGGAUUUGAUGAUUAUGAGGCUUCUGAAAACUAUGUAAAGCUGGAGCAGCAGAGUCCCACAGGGAACAUCGGUUUCUCAUUCUCUCGAGCCAGCAGUGUUGGGUCGGUCAAUGCCAUCAGCUGUUCAUCGGCUUCCUCCACUCAUAACACUGAUGACGAGGACAGUGACGUAGCCAUGACUCAGUCGAACCAUUUCAUGGAAAGACGCAGGGAGGCCCACACCCAAGCCGAGCAGAAGAGAAGGGAUGCAAUUAAGAGAGGCUAUGAGGAGUUGCAGUCCGUAGUGCCAACUUGUUUGGAGGCACCGUCGCAGAAGUUGAGCAAGGCAAGCAUACUGCAGAAAACCAUAGACUACAUCCAGUUUUUGAUGCAACAGAAGAAGAAACAGGAAGAGGAUCAUGAAAACCUCAAAAAAGAGGUCACUGCACUUAAAAUUAUGAAAAGCCAGUAUGAGCAGAUGGUAAAGAGCUGCCAGAACUCCUAUCAACAUGGGGCAGAUCAAGUUACCAACGAGGAGAAGUUUUUUGUUUUUCAGCAGCUGAUGGACGCGUUGUUUCAAUCGUUUGAUGCAUCCGUCUCAGUCAAUGGAUUUGAAGAACUCUCCAACUGUGUUUUUACCUGGCUCGAAGAUCAGUGCAAACCUAAUACUUUGAAGGAGCUGACUGAAGGAAUCCUGAGGAAUUCGAAUUACAGCAACAACAUUAACAACAACGGUUUUAAGUUUAACAACGUAAAUAACAAUGGUGUUAAUAAUCUUAAUUAA